AUGUCAGUUCAGGCAAACCAGAUGGGGUCUUCAACCGCCCGUGCUCUUGUCAAGCAAAUCUCGAAACAACAUGGCUACCUGGGGGAAGAAGUUCUCAGCCGGAUGGAUCCAGAUGUUCGGCGGGAGGUUGAAGAAGCAAUGCUGAAGAAAGAUGCGAUGAUUGGAUCUUCAGUGAUAACUCUUGCGAAGAACUUAUACAACAGCACCGCUCGCUUCGUCUUCGAACUUCUUCAGAAUGCUGACGAUAACUCAUACAAUGUUGCGAAAUCAACGUCCACCGACCCAUUUGUUUCUUUUUGCGUCUACAACCGACGGAUAAUUGUUGAGUGCAAUGAAGACGGUUUUACCCACGAGAACUUGGUGGCUAUUUGCAACGUAGGAAAGAGCUCCAAGACUGGUGCUCAAGGGUAUAUAGGGGAGAAGGGGAUCGGGUUCAAAUCUGUAUUCAUGGUAGCUUGGAAAGUCCAUAUUCAGUCGCGCGAUCUUUCCUUCUCGUUUCGCCAUAAUGUGGGAGACUCCGGGAUGGGUAUGAUCUCUCCUGUUUGGGAGGAGAGUGAAGAAGUAUUACCCCAUCCUCUUACCCGGAUUACUCUGUUUCUUCAUGAGAAUGGGUCGGCCGAAGACCUGGCUAGGCAACGGGAGACCACGCUUCAACAGUUUCGGGAGCUAAAGGCUGCCUUUUUGCUGUUUAUGAAGAACUUACGAAGAAUUGAGGUCAGAAUCUGCGACAAUCUUGAUACGGAGAUUUCACAGACAACCUUCUCAAUGCGGUGCGAGGACGAAGGUCGAGUCGCACUGAAGCAGGAAAUAGUGGAGGAUGGGGAGCUGCAGGAAUGCACCCAAUACUACCACACGACAAAGCUCACUGCGUCGAACAUACCGAGAAGCGAGAAUCGAGAAUAUACGGACGUAGAACUGUUGACGAAAGCAUAUUCUGAAACGAGUAUCAUUCUGGCAUUUCCUUUGACACACGACUCCGUCCCUAUCAUCGAAAAACACGACGUAUUUGCUUUUCUGCCAAUACGAAACAUGGGCCUGCCGUUCCUGAUUCAAGCCGACUUUGUGACAGAUGCAAGUAGGCAAGACAUCGUCAGGUCAUCCGCUCGCAAUAUCAAACUUCUUCCAGCAAUUGCCCAGGCGUUUAUUCAGGCCGUCAAACAGUUUUGCACCCACACCAGCCUAGCUUACCAGUGGAUGAGAUAUCUGCCUAAUAUUGAAUGGGGCUCUCAGGACGGAUUCUGGAAAGCUUUGCCUGGCGAGAUUCGCCGUCAGCUUCAACUAACUAGCACGAUGUGGACUAGGAGUCACCGCAACAUGCGUUGCAUUGGAGACAUGCGAUUGGUUCCCAGCAGCAUGUGCGAUAAGUACGGAAAGCCAUUGCUUCCAGACUUGGACACGGAACAGUAUCUGUCUUCUCACUAUGCACUAAAAGACUUGACUUCUUUGAAAGACUAUGGCCUCAAGCGGAUGAACAGGUUCAAAUUUCUUGACAGGCUUCGGCAAGAUAUCAACAAUGGUGGCUCUUCAAUUAUGCGCAAUCCCGAUACCGACGACGACUGGCAUUCAGCUGUGGCGAAAUACCUUAUUAGUGUGUCGGGGCCUGAGAACCCAAACACGACGGCAAAAAUAAAGAAGAUUCAGCUCAUUCCUUUGCUGGGAGGGAGUUGGAAAUGCCCUUCGGCCCUUGAUAGAUACCCUGUAUAUUUCACCCAGGCGCAUGGGUAUGCCGUUCCGACUGACGGGAUAUUCGACUUGAUUGCACCCGACGCAGAAAAUAAUCCAGCUCGAAAACAGUUGUUUGCUCGCCUAGGUGUUCAGGAGGCUUCGGUGCGCGACAUUCGCCGUAAAAUUAUUGACCAGGACACGAGAUUUGCUCCUGGGCUUGCAACCUCCCGCUCUCAUCUGCAGUUUCUUUAUCUUACCGCGCAUCUGGAUCGGGAACAUGACCAGCCAAUUACCUAUUCUUUAUUGAAACUCACGGACAGCGCCUCUAGACUCAAGUCGUUGCUAGACGGGACAUGGUACUUUCCUGACGAGGGGCCAUAUACCCCCCAAGAGCUACUUGCUCAAUUUGAUCCUAAACCAAUAAUCCUUUAUCCAGACUAUAUGCGUGACUGUCCAGAGAAGCCGGAGGAGGAAACUCGCUCGUGGAAGACGUGGAUCAGCGAAAUGUUCGGUAUCCGUGACGUGAUACCACUCACUUCCAAUAAACAUUUGAGCGAAGAAUGCCUCUAUUUGGCCAGAUCUUGUCAGGAGAAAUUUCUGCCGUUCCUUUUAAGGUACUGGCCGUUUGAAGGAGCAUACAUUGCGAACAAUCCAGACCUUGUCAAGGCGCUGCUAAACAUCGAGGUUCUGUGCGAGAACAACAGGACUUAUCCGCUGGGUAAAACUUACGUGCGCACUGCCCAGAUCGAAUAUGCUGACGGAUUCUUACGGGAGGGCGAAUUUUUCCCAUGGCUUAAGCUUGACCAUUUCUCCGAGGCGGCAGGAUUCCCUGACCUAGGGGUCCUGACAACGGCACUGGGAUUUGGGCGCCCGAAGUCCGACCUCGAGUUUUAUCUAACUAUUUUGCAGUUUGUUUCCGAUGGGAACAGAGGAAAGAAUAAAGUGUUCGACGCUUCUCGUAUAUUCGAUCUCUACAGUCGGAUUGAGAACAGAUACCAUGAGUCUGUAACCCUGGAAAUUUCCCGUGAAAUGAUCGUGUAUGUAUUCUGCACGUUGUCAAUUUGUGCCACUUCUAAAUCGCACCACAGAUCAGCAUUUGAGACGCAACCCCUGAUUUACGUGCCGGGUGACUUUUCUGGGGAUGCUAACUGGGCGUUCCCUAAUGAAUGCUUGUGGGAUGCGCCUGGAUAUAUGCAAUCUUCAUACCCUUUGAAGCCACGGUAUCACGAUUGUACGAAGGGAAAGUAUAUCGGGGGCCUAUUUCACAGUAUUUUAAAAAUAAGAAACGCCGGGAUUGAUGACUUCCUACUUGAGCUGUACCAGAGGGACCUUCCAGACUCUAUGGAUUAUGGCCUGGCGAAAGACUUGUAUCAGGAGCUUGAUAAGAGGCGGCCGGGGAUGGACGACGCGACCGUGAAGAAGAUCCGGGAUCAUUUCGAAGAGGAGCAGCUCAUAUAUUACGAGUCUGAUGACGAGAAGACGUGGUACAGACCAUCCGAAUGUCUGUGGUCGACCAUGACAGAUAUCAAGGGCAUGAUCGCACUGAAUGACGCGUAUGAAGCCCUCGAUGAAUUCUUCACUGAGCUUAUCGGUGUCCGGACCUUAACUCUCCAGAUGGUUCAUGAUAAGCUCGUGGAACAAGGAAGCGGAAAAUUGUCAGCGGAGGAAGUCAAACAAACAAUUUGGCUACUCAAUUCGUAUAUGCAAAACGAGAACGAUCUUCCCAGCCCAAGCCAGGUUUUAAGGUCCAAGGUGUUCCCAGUCAGAUAUCCAACUGGCAGCGUUGAAUUGUGCAGCUCCGCCGUGGACUUCGCUAUAGCAGACCGCAAGCACCUGUUAGAUUAUUUUUCCAACAAAGCCAAGUUUCUUGAUUUCGACGUCAAUGAGAUAGCGCGCCUAGAGCCAUUCCUCCAGUGGACCGGGCUGGACAGACGAUAUCUAUCGUCUUUGAUAAAGGAGAUCUCCACGGUGCGGGGCGAUUCAUAUAAGUCUUUGACUUCAUCGGAUCGCAACAUUGCUCGAAAGGCUUACGGGUUGCUCCGUAUUGCUGUUCAUUUCAGAAGUCCGCGGCUCAAAACUGGCGAGCAAUCCCUUUAUGAGAUGUUGAGGAACAUCGGCGUCUGCGAAACAGAUGGAAUUAGUUCCGAGUUACAUCUUAACCAAGAUGGAAAGGAUAUCAUGGCGGAAGUCAGGCAGAGCGAGCUCCACUUCCAGGAAUAUGACUCGGGGCUUACAAUCUACGUACCACGCAAUAAACAAGCGCAGUACCUAUGCUUUCUGGACAGGAUUCCCCGAGCUCUGAUGGAAUGGAUCAUGACUGAACCGGCAACCGGUAUCUGUGAGCCAUUCAAUGAUAAGGCUCUAAACGUUCUAUCAAAGGUGCUACAGGCAGAAACGAAGUACAUCGGUAUGACCCUUGACCGAGAUGGUAUCAUGUCGGUUGAGACGCCAGAUGAUACGGCCGCUGACGAGGUGGCCGACGAUAAGGAGGACGAGCUUACUGAACGGCGUACUGAAGGCCGUGACUCGAUCGAUGAUGCUACAUCGGCCGUGGUCUUCAUCCAACCGACUCGCAGCGAAUCAUCCGUCACUCUAGCUGACGAUGUUAUCUCUGCCCCUUAUGCUGGACCGUCGUCUCCUUCACGAGUCCCGAGCCGGAUACCAUUUACUCAACGCGGGACGCCUGGUGAAGCAAGCUACUUAUCUCGGGAUCGCGUGCUACCUGCUCAACCGAUUGACACAGCCUAUCUUACUAUCCUUCGCAGCGUUGUCAAUGUCGCCAGAACAUCCACGUUCCCAAGUAGAGGAUCUUUUAACAUGACAGCCCUAACCGACUCUCUUGACCCUGGCAACGAGCCCUUCCAGCUGCGCGGGAUUGAUAAGCUUUACCGGGAUAAACUCAUUGGUGCAGCUGGAGAACUAUUCGUCUUCGAAACACUAUGUCGUCUAACCCCGUCCCUACCCGAUUUCUGCCGCGAUAACUGGCAAAGUACCAUUCGGGAAUAUGUCAACCUCCACGAGGAUUACAUCGACCUUGAGCCUUGGAAUGGCCGUGAGACUGCUGAUAUUACCUACUCCGACAGGGAAGGGAUUCUCACCGCUCUAUUCAUCGAUAAGGGGUACUUAGAUGCCACAUGGACCGGAGCGAGACCGCAUUAUUUUCUAGAGAUCAAGACUACGACGUCCUCUUGGGAUACCCCAUUCUAUAUGAGCAGGUAUCAGUAUGAACGGGUGCGUUAG